UACCAGGUACCAUGCACGAAGCGCUGGUCAUGGUGUCUAUUUAGUAUUUAUUUCCAUUGUCAUGUACAGCGAUCGAGCCGAAGGCAUGCAGCAACCGCACAUGAUCAGCAAUGCAUCGUCGAUCAUGCUUCCCUCCUUUGCUCUCCUCCCAAAUGCUGAUAGAGCAUCAGUCUCAUCGCAUUCAUAUAUUGACCAAUAGAUCCUACACAAUACUCUUGGGAUAAAAACUCGAGAGACAAACUGAACGUGACAACAACGAUGAAUGACAGCAAUGACUCAACUCAAAGGAUAGCUUGCAGCGAGGAUGCGUGCAACCAACACCCUUCUAUCCGUGCAUCCGUCGGUACGAGGCCAUCUGCAGGCUAUAUUCUCGCACUGACAGAGCCAUCGAGUGAAUUCGGAGUCUCGGAACAUGUGGCCGAGGAAAUUAACCGGACGGAAGACCAGCUACGGCUGCAGGAACGGUCGCACGCAGUAUCAGGCAUGGCGGAAGCUCAGGAGGCCAGAGUACACACCCCUUUCGAACCUAGAUAUCCUGCUGUCACUCAUUCCUCUGCAAGAAAUCAGAAGCUGAAGCAGGCUUGUGCUCGACGCAAAUCAUUGGGUAACUCCACCACGCCCAGUCGCGGGGACAGGUUGCUACGGGCGUCAACCGGGAGUGGAGACCUGAUCGAAGAAGUGCUCCGAGAAAGGGACCGCAUGGCAAGAGAAUGGGGAGAGGAACACCCUGAUGAAGGGAAUUCAAGCAGUUGCCAACAAGAGCAAGAACAACCCAACCAGCCAGUCAUUGGAGCGGUUUCUGUUCCCGGAAUCGGGGUGGAAUCGGCCCACGACGAGGCUCAAGACUUUCACGAGAUGCACCAUGACGAGGAGGACAAUUGUCCAAACCUCCUCAUCGAAGCAACCUUGGUUGAAGAAGCUUCGACAGAGUUUGCCACCUCUGCGCCAUCCUUGUCAGACAUAGAAUCUGGAAAUCUACCAACGUUGGCAGAAGCAAAAGCCUUGGAUGACAAGGAAAUGGCAACUAGCUGUCUCAGAAGCAAAACUGGAAAGCUCAUCAUCGCGCUUGUGCUGCUUACAAUGACUGUAAUGGUUGUUGUAUUGACUGUUGGAAUGUCCAUGAGGAGAGAAACUACGGGCUCUACUUCUUCGUUUCCAUCCAUAGCUCCGACAUCAUCGUAUGUCCAGAAACUUGCAAGAGAUCUGAACUUGACUGAUGCAACAAUGUCUACAAUCUCCCAGGAUUUAGAAUCUCCCCAAGCACAAGCACUGAAAUGGCUCAUUCAAGAUCCAAACUACCCCAGCCUGUCUCUCCUUCAGAAAACACAACGAUUCCCUCUGGCUGUCCUGUACUAUUCCACUCAAGGUCAGAAUUGGACAAACUCCACAAAUUUCCUGGACUACCAAUCAAGAGAGUGUUCGUGGCACCUUUCUGCUGGGCCUGGCACUUGUUAUGAUGGAAUCAUAUCUACAAUAUACUGGGAUGGCAACAAUCUGAAUGGUACAAUACCACAAGAAAUUGCUGUUCUAAAAGAUUCUCUAUCAGUUCUGUCCCUUUCGGCGAACAACCUGAAGGGAGCAAUUCCUUCCGAGUUGGGUCUCAUGAGUUCUAUUUUCCGGCUAAGCGCGAAGGACUGUCAACUAUCCAACACUCUCCCAACUGAGCUUGGAGGUUUGUUUUCUUUGGUGAUGUUGGACUUUCGAAACAAUUCCCUCUCCGGUACCAUUCCUAGGGAGCUGGCAGCCUUAGAUACCAUCCAUUCUGUGGAAUUGUCGGCGAAUGCACUUACGGGAUCAGUUCCAGCUGAGAUGAUUCGUCAACCAUCACGGUUCCACGUUGAUUUAUCAAACAAUCAGCUUUCUGGGUCUAUUCCAACUGAGUUCAACACCACCAACAGGCUUGAAGCACUGCUACUGGGCUCAAACAAUAUCCAAGGCACGAUUCCGUCCGAGAUUGGAUUUGCUACAUCCAUGGGGCGUUUGGAUCUCAGCUUUAAUGAAAUCUCAGGACAAAUUCCCAGUGAGAUCCAAGCAUUGACUGGGCUCUCUUCACUGCUUGUUGGAUCGAAUAUGAUUUCAGGGGAACUGCCUACUUCUCUCGGCCUCAUGCAUGAGCUGUGUGAGCUUGAUUUUAAAAACAACCGACUACAAGGAACAAUGCCGCCGUCACUUACAGGCUUGUGUUUCGGAGAACAAUCCAUUACACCAUCCGAGAAUGCCACUCAUACAACCGUCCUCGGGGUGGCUGUGUUGGAGGCUGAGUUGCUAAAUGAAAUCAUUGGAUUAUUGGAACGGAUAGGCAAGGAAGCUUCAAGCAUUCUCACAAAGUUCGAUGGAUUGGAGGAUGUUGUUGUGGGAGUUCUGCAGCAAAGAUAUGAGCUUGAUGAUUCCUACAUCUGGUUGGAUCUGAAGUUUGCCAUUCAAUUCUCAAUCGGACAUCUUCCGUCAAAGGCAAUGUUGACUAAUGCCUUGUUUGGCUCACCUGGUAUAUUCUUUGACUAUGAGUUUGACUCAACGAAGAGGGCUCCAAUUGGUGUCUUUCAAGCUAAUGUGCAGCCAUUUCAGUUUGACAUAUCCAAUAAUGCAAUCUCAGGCUCGUUGCCUCCAUCCUUGUUUGCCAACAUCCCAAUGAUACACCAUUUCAAUGCGGGAUCAAAUUCCCUAACAGGCAUAAUUCCAACUGAAGUUGGCGCUGCAUCCACCAUGACAAUGCUAUCUCUUGCUCACAAUAAGAUUGAAGGAUCCAUCCCAAGUGAACUUGGGCAAUUGGGAGCCCUGACCAUGCUUGAUCUUUCUCACAACAUGCUCUCCAAUCAAAUUCCACAAGAAUGCCGCAACCUCAGGAGUCUCCAGUCUCUGAAUCUGGGCAGUAAUAGAGUUGUUGGGACGCUUGAUGCUGUUUUCCAAGGAAGGUACAUAAACGAGACUAAUGCAAUGCCUCGUGCCAGAGUCCACGGCAGCACAGCCGGAGCGGCACUAUGCCAUAUUGAUGUAUCCAACAAUUCUCUUUCCGGCACUCUGCCCACUGAGGUGGGGUCCUUAUGCCUGAGGGAUGUCUACACUGGAGACACAACGCUGACAAUGGCAUUGCGUAUCGAGUAUGACUUUUGGCAUUGGAUUGUCCCUGGUAUGCCUGAUGAGGACGUAAUCGAAACGCUUCAAAAUCAGACGUCCCAAUUUCUGGGGAACCUAUUCGGUAGAAACUUUCCUGACUUGCAAUCGGUGCAUCUUCGGUAUUUGGAUGGCUCUUUUGGUAGCAAUGAGACCCACACAUCACUUUCUCUGGACUUUUUGGUGGCUGUUACUACCGACGAUUCACCAAUGUCCAUUCAGGAUCUCGUUCGCGUGCUCGGUGACGAAGGUGCUGUACAAGAUUACAUCAGGUACUACAUCAACUCCUAUGAUCUCCUCGGUUCAAGGUUUGAUGGUAUUACAAGUGUUGCUUUCCUGGUUGAUGAAACGGUGGACCCACUUGCUACACUACCACCCGUUACCCUUGACGUCUCUUUCAAUAACUUGUCGGGGAAAAUUCCGUCCGAGCUGGCAUACUUGAGCACUCUGGACUCACACGUUAAUCUACUUGGCAACAUGUUUAGUGGGGUAUUGCCUAUACAAUUGUGUCCAUGGCACUGCGACAGUCGGCACAAGAAUGCAUCCGAGUCGAGUGGGAAUCUUAUGGUGGACUGUCAGCAAGUGGUGUGCGAUUGCAAUUGCUCGGACUUCUAAAACAGCACGAUCGAAUCCUUUCCUUUGAAUUGUGGUUUGGUGGACAGACGCAAGCGAACUAUAUCAGAGAAUCAUUCGUGAUAUUUAGGCUAUUUUAAAAUAGCAAAGCAACCUUUCUAUGCUCCUAGCUAGUUAGUCUUAAUUAAAGAGGCUCCACAGGACGACCAUGAGGACGACUGGGCUCCCAGCUAACCUUGCACGAGCAGUGGAUGAUGGUGAGCCCCCUUCAGUCUCGUCUGCCGCGCUUCCUGUCUUGUGGCUCAGUUCCUUGGAUUCCGCGUCUCCCACAGUUGAAACACCACUUUUUUUACGUCCAUCAUCAUCAAAACCGUCAUCACCGUCGUCAUCACCGUCGUCAUCACCGUCGCCAUCACCGUCGCCAUCACCG